GUUGCUUCAAAAAUUAGUAGAUAUUUAUUUGUUUCUUGUUACCAAGACAAUUUAUUUACGAAUGUUGUCUUAACGAUAGUAAGCUACUAAAAAGCUUUAUAAUUCAAGAACAUUGAGUUUGCCAUGAAAGAAUAUUUGAAUAUUUGUCUUCUUUUCAAGGAAAAGUAACACAAAAAUGCUAAAGUCAGAAUCUAUGAGUACUGUAAGUGAUAGGGAAGAUGAUAUUGAUGAUUUAGAUGGUUCCAUUGUCUGGUCCCAAGAGGAUCCUCUUUCACCUAAUGAAAUAUUAGAAAUGGAACCGGGAAGUGCAUUAAUGAGAAAUGAUGUAUUUUCUCUUUGUCGAUUAUGUGCAGGAGAAACUCCAAACCCUAUAUAUAUAUAUUCUGAAUUGGGAGAGUCGAUGAAAUUAGCUCAUAAAAUGAACACUUGUUUGAGUAUAAAGGUAAGGAAAACAGAUCCUUUACCUAAACAACUUUGCAUUGGAUGUGUUGAGAAAAUAAAUUGGUGCGAUGAAUUUGAUAUUCAAUGUAUCAAAGCAGAAGAAACUUUAUUAGAGAUUCUUAAAGAGAAGCAAUCCUUUAAUAUUACAGAAUCAGCAACAGAUAAUGUUUUAAAUAAUACUAAAUCUUGUCCUCUCUGCAUAGAAGGACAUAUGAAUACUUGUCAAGAUGCAAUACAGAAUCCAAAAGAAGUCGAAUUAUAUGAUAGCGAUAUUGUCUUGGAAAGUAGUGAUGAGGAGAAGAUAUUUCAUAAUUUCAAGGCUGAUUAUGAAGCAGGAAAUCGAUUAAUUAUGUUACAAUGUUUAGGAAGUAAGCAGAAAUAUUUGAAGUGUGGCGCAUGUAUGAAUCUGUACCAUACAAAGGAAACUUUGGAUGGCCAUAAAUGUAAGCCAAAUAUACAAAACACUUCCAAGCCAUAUAAAUGCUUUUUAUGUAAUGCUACAUUUACUUUCGAGGAACGUUUAAAUUUUCACAUGCAAUUUCAUAAAGGUGCAAAAGCACUGUACUGCGAAAUUUGCAAAAUUACUUUUGGCAAAGAAUUAAAAUUAUAUUAUCAUUAUAAGCGAUAUCAUUGCAAGGAUAUGACUGUUUCUUGUUUGCAAUGUGGAAAAUUAUUUAGUAACCAAGAGGAACUUAGGAUGCAUGUGUGCGUUGAUGGUAAGAAUAGACCACAUGUGUGCGAAGUAUGUAAUAAGGGAUUUUCAGAUGGAUAUACUUUAAAACGACAUGUAGUAACGCAUCUACCAGAGAAACCAUAUAGAUGUUCUCAGUGUUCUAAAAGUUUUACGCAAAAAUCGAGAUUAAAUAAACAUACAGCUGCACAUGGUAUAAUUAUUGAAAAUAAUCAAACUAUAUGGAAGUGUGUUCGCUGUGGAGCAACUUUCAAUUGUUGCGAUGAUGCAGAUAAUCAUUAUAAAAUACACGAGGAUAAAGUAAUAUUAAUAGAAGAAUUAUUAAUAUCAAAGAUAUAUCAUUGUGAAUUUUGUAAUAUGCAUUUCACUGAUAUUGAAAAUUUAAAGAAUCAUCAGAAUCAACAUGUUGUAGAAAGGCCUUAUAGCUGCAAUAUAUGCAAGACAAUUUACAAAUCAUUCGCAGAAGUUGUUUUACAUUGGAAAGAGCAUCCACGUAUGUUCAAAGUACUAACUGUAUUCUUAUGUGAUAUAUGUAAUAAAGAUAUGAAAGAAUUAUCUCUUCUUUACAAACAUAAACAAAAGAGACAUCAACAUGCACCGCGUAUUUCUGAAACUGGUAAUAUGAAAUAUAUAUGUGAACUUUGUGGAUCUAUAUUUGAUCAAAAGGAAAAUAUACAAAACCAUGGACGUGAUCAAUGCUCGAAAUUCCCGUGUGAUAUAUGUGGUAGUUUAUUACCUACUGCAAAUUCUCUUAAUGCCCAUAAAAGAAGGCACAGCGGUUUAAGACCGUACGUGUGUAACAUUUGUGGUAAGAGUUAUACUCAAUCUAGUCACAUGUGGACACAUAAAAGAUUUCACAUGGGAGUAAAACCUUACGCAUGUGAAUAUUGUGAUCAGAGAUUUACCAUAAAGCCUGACCUAGCAGAUCAUACAAGGAAAAAACAUACAAGAGAAAGACCUUUCAAAUGCGACGUUUGCAAUAAAGCUUUUCUAACUGGAUCUGUAUUUUAUCAACAUAGAUUGAUACACAGAGGUGAUCGUCGAUAUAAAUGUCAUUAUUGUGAAAAAGCGUUUACAAGAACUGAAGCUUUAAACAAUCACAUAAAAAUUCACACUGGGGAAAAACCGCAUGCUUGCGAUGUAUGCGGCCGAUGUUUUCGACAAAAGGGCGACAUGAGAAAACAUCGACGUACUCAACAUAAUGCCAAACAAGAAGGACAAUGAAAUGUAAAUGUUUUAAAUUUAUAACAAAUUAUUUCAUCGAUUAUAGUUUGUGAUAUUUUCAAUAAACAGUGAGAUCUAUAUUUAUAAAAUAAACUAUUUGAUUUUUUCAUAUCGUUUAGAUUAACAUUUAAUAUUUUUAUUCUUAAUAACAUUGACAUAUAUUUCGAACUAAUUUCUAUGAAAUAAUAAUAAAUUUUAACUAAAUUUAUUAUAAAAAUAAUAUUGGUACGAUAUCUAAUAAACUUUGUAAAACGCGCGUGUCACAAAUGGCAGGUGCGCAGAUAGCAAUUGCGUCGCAAUAGUGCGGAGAACAGGUGAUAUUCCUAAUGUCUCAUGACUUUAUCACUGUCACGUAUUUAAUCGUCAUACGGACGAUCAUCGAUAUUUAGUAUUUGGCUGUGACAGUAUCAAUUGUGUAAAAAAAUAGGCGAUUUCCUUAAAUUAUUAAAAAAUGAAUAGUCUAAUUAUAAGAUAAAAUUAUAAAAAAGUGCUCCUAAUUUUUUGGAGCGGAUA